AUGAUGGAUAUAUCGUCAGCAAGUACUUCUGCGAACAGUGCUCAUCAUCCAGUAUUCAUGCCUACCGGUACAGUGAAUGUACCUGUUUUCUAUCCAACUAUUGAGGAAAUGCAAGAUUUUCCUUCGUUGAUCAACAGAAUUGAACGAGAAUAUGGUGCUCAUCUGAUUUGUGGUAUUGCAAAAAUUGUUCCGCCACCGGAAUUUCAAGCAAGAAUAUCAGGUGACUACUCAGAUGUCGACAAUUAUGUUAUCGAUCAGCCCGUUAAAGAAAAAAUUGAGGGAAGUGCCGGAGUGUAUACGAAGACAAAUAGAUUAUAUCGACGAUCCAUUUCUGUGCCGGAAUUCAGAACUCUUGCAAAAAAGUAUUCUUUGCCAAAAGAUGAUUUGUCACCUCAAGAAAUCGAAAAGCAUUAUUGGAAACACAUAUUGCAAGGGGAGCCUGUUUAUGGAGCUGAUACACCAGGAACUAUUUGUGACAAAAAUCUGAAAGAGUUCAAUAUGAAUCACUUGGGCACCAUUCUCGAUAUGCUUAAUGAUAGUGGAGUGAAAAUUAAAGGAGUAAAUACAGUUUAUUUGUAUUUUGGCAUGUGGAAAACAACUUUUCCUUGGCAUUCAGAAGAUAUGGAUCUUUAUUCUAUCAAUUAUGUUCACUUUGGUAAACCAAAGUUCUGGUAUGCUAUAGCCACGGAUUCAUUGAAUCGUUUUGAGCGUUUUGCUGCGCAAUGUUUUCCAUCGGCAGCAAAAUCUUGUAAAUCAUUUUUACGUCACAAAACAUUCAUGAUCUCUCCUCAAGUUUUACGAAAGAACCAUAUUGGAUAUGGCACUAUGGUUCAGUAUGCAAACGAAUUCAUAAUCACAUUUCCACGAGGCUAUCACAUGGGUUUCAAUAUUGGAUAUAAUUGUGCAGAAUCAACAAAUUUUGCUUCCGACAGAUGGAUCGAUUUUGGUAAAAAUGCUUUGGUAUGUUCUUGUCGUUCGGACAGCGUUGAAAUCGAUAUGCGACCAUUUAUGAAGGCUUUUAGAAAGAAUGAAUAUGAUGAGUGGUAUCAGUAUUGGUACGGAGAACGAGUUGCUAAAGACAACAAGAAAGUAAUGAGUUCAAAACGCCAGCCAGUAUAUGAUGAACUAGCAGUUGAGAGGAAAAAACGUCGAAAAACACAGAAAAGUGGAGGCACACGUGGACCACAUGUUGAGGACGGUAGCAAAGCAGAAAGUUCAAAGUUUGUUGAAAAGAAGGCUAAUAUUGAACAAGAAACAUCUAUGGUAGUUGCAAAUAUGGUAAUAGGCACCAGAUGGAAAAAGGAAGCUCGUAACUUGUGGUCGAAUUUGCGAAGUAAUUUUUAUGCUGAGAAAGAGUUCAAUAUGCGACGUGCUCGUGAAUCACCGCAUUGUGCCAUUUGUCAAUAUUUUGUGCCAAAACCGUUGUUGGAGACCAAAAAAAAUUUGCCAUCGACGUCACGACGUCUUGUCAAACGUGCGUAUUAUGCAAAAGCAAAUCCAGAAACAUAUGGUAUCGAAGAUGAUAUUUCUCGAGAAGAUCGAUUGUUCAGAUGUCAAAAUUGUUUUGUUGUUGUUCAUGAGGGUUGCUAUCCAACAGGAAAUGUUCCUGGUAAUAGUACUACAUGGAAGUGUGUGCGUUGUAACAGACAAGAUGAAUUAUUGAUAAAUUCAGCUAGUUGUCAUUUGUGUGAACUACGUGGUGGUGCGCUCAUACCAGCUGAAAAUGCUGGAGAAGAUUUUGUUCAUGUUAUUUGCGCCCUGUUAAAUCGUCGCACAGUUUUUCUGGAUGCGGAAAAGCUAACAUCUGCCUACACUUUACCGCCUCCAAAGUUUUGUGCACCAAAUAAGCAUGCAGAUCUUAUGAACCAUGAAUAUACAGCUGCAUUUGGAGAAAAUUGUGAACGGGGCAAAUUCGAGUGUGAAUUUUGCUUGAAUUCACGUGAAGGAUUAUUGAAAUGUCUUUCAUGCGAUGACACAUACUUUCAUGCUACAUGUGGCCGAUUAGCAGGUGUAUCUUUUGAAUUUCGUAACUGGCCAGAUCUUACCGUGGCGGUUUGUCCAGAACAUAAUAUUAGUGAAGAAAGUUCCUCACCAGUGGCAAUUGGAGAGAGUGUUCGUGUGUGCUCAGUAGACUGCAGUCGUUUAUUAAAGGGUACAGUAUCAGGGAUUGAAUAUCAUGAUUGUUGUACGGUAAAUUUUAUGGAUCGCAAUUGGAGUGAUGAUUUGCCAUCAGAAGACAUCAUCGAAUGCGAAUGUUCACGCUUCCAUUGCAAUGGAUGGCAUGUGCCUGGCGCUAAGAUAAAGAUUAAAUGGGAUGAUGGUUUGAUUUAUGAUGGUGUUUUUCGCAACCGCUACGAACGUGCUCUUUAUACCAUCAAACUCAAAUCCAAGUAUGCAAAUAAUCAUCCAGCAGUUAUGCAGGUGGGACGGGGAGAAAUAUUCUUGCGUGGAGAAAAGCCACAUAAUCUGUAA